AUGGACAUCAACACGCCUCUAGAUCUUGUACACUUGGCGCAGAGCCAGCUUUGGGUCGACAAGGUGAAUGAAACCCAUAGGACAGGCCGUCUUUGCCCCUGGGUGUCGACUUUCCAUCCAGAUAAGCUUCCCUGUGUGCUCGAUGGCACCUUCCAUCAUGGCGCAUUCAACGCUGGCGUGAAGAUGGUAUUCAGCGACAGCACGGCCUGGAUGGUUCGCUUCCCUCGUUUUGGGAAGGUCUGUGAAGACUAUCUGGACGAGAAGGUUGCUAUGGAGGUGUCAGCCCUCAAUCUCAUCCGCGAAACGACUACAAUCCCAGUUCCAAUAGUCCGAGCUUGGGGUAUGGCGGACAGCAACAUCCUCGGUCUAGGUCCAUUUAUCAUGAUGGACUUCAUAGAAGGUGUCAGCCUUAGCAGCAUCAUCGAGGACCCCAACGCCAAUCCCCCAAGCAGAGUUAUUAGAGAGGAUAUCAGCGAUAGCGAUAUAGAAAUGAUAUACAAGCAGAUGGCAAACUUCCUGCUUCAACUUUUCAAACUCGAUUUUGACCGAAUCGGCAGCCUGCCAUCGCCAGAGACUGGAAAUUCGAACCCUAAACUACCCCGGCCUUUGACAUUCAAGGCAGAAACUAUACUUCAAGAUGGUGGAGUUGAUACAUUCGGCGACCGAUCAAAAGGGUUUACUACAACAACCGAAUAUUUCCAAUAUGUUGUUGGACAAGACUGGAAGCAGUUCGUUGAUCAACCAAACUCGAUUGUCGGAUUUCACGAUGCCCAAAACAAAUAUCUCUUAUUCAAAGUGCUACAGAGUGUGAUACCUCAAUUCGUCAACCCAAAUUAUGACAGUUGCAAAUUCAAAUUUAUCUGCGACGACCUUGGUUUGGCAAACCUGAUUGUCCGUGGGACGGAAGAUCUCACUGUGGUUGGAGUGGUGGACCUUGAGUGGUCAUAUACUGGACCCGCCCAGCUGAUUGGCUCAGCGCCAUGGUGGCUUCUCCAAGACAGACCCGUCAAUAAUGAGUGGGAUUGUGACGGCGAAGAGCUUCCAAAACUUGCGUCUCGGUACUCUCGAUACUUGGAAAUUUACAUCCGCAUCUUGGAGGAAGAAGAGUCAAAGAUGCAAGGGCACGAAGACAAGGAGCUCUCCAGUUUAGUCAAGUGGUCGAAGGCCACUGGAGCUAUGUGGUUGCAUAUGAUUCUCUCUUCUGGUUUUAAUGAUCAUUUCAACUUCCCCUUCACGCAGCUGCGUGCACAUAUAGGAGCGGCUGAGUGGGCAAGGCGCGAGAUGGAGUUUGACGUCCCUGAUAUUGUUGAGGAACUUGCGACGCGGAAGGUGAAAGAGAUGAAUAUGUAUGAAGAAGUCUUGGAAGAAAUGGAAAAGAGCAAGGCACUUGUGGACAGUGGAGAUAUGACAAAGGAGGAGCUUAUUGCUAAUUACAAGCAAAUUCAGGCAGGAAAGAUAGGCUGUAAGGCUCAACAUGGAGCAUGA